UACCUCCCCAAAAUCCGAAUAAGACAAUCCAAUCCCGGAAUGUCUGACGAACAUGAAAACGAGAAGAUAAAUUUGGAAGACAGACUUCGCGAGUGUAUCGCUCACACUCAAUCCGAAAUAUCGAACGGGCGACAACCGAACGUUUGCUCACAUUUCGUAGUGCCCGUCACCAAACCACCAUCGACCGCGCUCAUCCUUAUCCGCAACGCUGAGACGGCCGGCCUUGCGUCUUUCAUCAACGCCGGCCCAAAAUUUGAAAUUUAUUCCCUUGGUGUGCCGCCAGCAAUACAAACCUUUCAAGCAGAUCCACAAUGGUGGGCUGGGAUGUCCAAGGCAGAAAUGCGUGCAGGACCAUUGGCCACCCCUGCUGAAAUCAGAGGAGCAGGGAAAGAUACAAAGAGGAAGGAGAAGAAAACCAAGGAGAAAGAAAAGGAAAUGACUGAGAAAGACGCAAAGCUGAGGGAAGGGUUUAAGCGCCAGGUCCUGGGGUUGCCGAUAAGGGGUAAAGUUAAGGAGAAAACCUGGAAACUUGUUGUUGUGAAUAGAGACCGUCCGCAGUCACCAGAGGAAGCUGAAGCGGCUGGAUAA